AGCCUGGGGGCUGUUCGUAGCCCACCUGGGCCCCCUCCGACCCCAGGGGCUCCACGCAUUCUUCGCUUGCCCUUCACCUUCCCUUGGCCGGGCACUGUCUCCCUCAUCAUCGAGUCCUGGCGGCUGGAGGAGGCCAAGGGCCCUGGAGGUGAGUGAGGGAUUAAGGGAGGGAACAGCAGUGGGGACUUGAAGGGGGCAUCUUUAGGGGCAAGUGAGUUCUGUGGGAGUAGGGUGAAGAAAAUCCUUUUGUCAUUAAGGGAUAUGGGGGGGAGGCAGACGGGAGAUGGGGACAAAUGAGGGCUCAUCAGGUUGCCGGGGGAAGAGGGGAGCAGCCAGCACAAACAGAUUAAGGAGGAGGCAAAUGGCAACCGUAGGCAUUCAGUGGAGGGGCUCGCAAGUGGGAAUUCAUGAGGUCUGAAGGAGAUGUUGGGGGGGGGGUGUAGUUGUGCGAGAGGGGCAGGUGUGGAGGUUGUUGGCGGGCAGAUGUGCUGCCAGAGAAGAAAAUGUCAUGGUAUGGAGGAGUGUGAGAACAAAGGGGAGCCCGUGGGCAUGGGGGGAGGCUUUCAGGGAAAUGGGGGGUGUCCUACUGCGCUCACUGAUGUCUCUCCCAGGUCCCCAGAGCCGGCUGCUGGGGCGUGCGGUGGCACAGCAGCGCUUGGUGCCAGGGGGUCCGUGGCAGGGGGGUGCUGGGGGGGGGCUGCAUUUCAGCACUCGCCUGCGCUGCCGCCCCCCUGCCCGUGGCCCCUACUGCCUCCCCCACUGUCCCCGCUGCAUCCGCCGCUGCCUCCCCUACUCUGCUGCCUGCCGUGUCCCUCCACACCGCCGCUGCUGGCCUCUCUGCUGUGCCCACCAGGGCUGUGGGGCUGAUGGCCGGGGCUGCGCCCUCUCCAGUGCUAAUAGCACAGUCUUUAGGAGUGACACUGCGGGGCUGCGCUGUGACCCCCCUGGCCCAGUACGGCCCGCAUCACCAAGAGCCCCAGAAGCAGCCGAGGUAGCUGUGUUGGAGCCACUGCCGGAGGCAUCGCCAUCUCCCUGUGCCCUCGGACCAUGCUUCAAUGGAGGUGCCUGUGCACCUGCGCCCCCCCCUGGUGCUGGCUACAGCUGCCGCUGCCCCCCUGGCUUCCACGGUUCCAACUGCGAGCGCCGUGCUGACCGCUGUGCCAACCGCCUCUGCCUGCACGGUGGGCAUUGCCUGGACCUGGGUCACAGUGUGAUCUGCAAAUGCCAGCCAGGCUUCUCGGGGGCACGAUGUGAACACAACGUGGAUGACUGCAGCCCCAACCCCUGUGCCAAUGGUGGCACCUGCGUGGAUGGUACCAACAGCUACAGCUGCUCUUGUACCCUGGGCUACGCUGGGGACGACUGCCGCCAGCGCGCUGAUGCUUGUGCCUCGGGGCCCUGCCUGCACGGUGCUACUUGCUACACCCACUUCUCUGGCCACGUCUGCGCCUGUCCCCCUGGCUACAUGGGUCCCCGUUGUGAGGAGGAGGUGGGAGGGGGCCCAGCUGCCCCCCAUCGCCAGCCCCCAGCUCCCUUGGCCCUUGCGUGCGCCCUUCCGAUAGCCCUGCUGGGCCCUGGUCUGGGCUUGGUGCUGGCAGCUCGUGGGUGGCGGCGGCGGCCAGCAGGCGAGAGUGGCCGCACGUUGGAGCCCAUGAGGGCCCCUAGCCUGAGCCUUCCAGGGAUGGAGCAGGAGCUGCCCCGUGCCUCUGCCACCCAGGUAGGGCUUGAGCAGGAGUGGGGCUGUCCCCCAGGCUCGGCGCUUUCCUCACUUUGCUCUUCUUUGUUCCCCUCUUCCAGGUCUGAGGCAAUGGUGAUGAACCUCCACCUUACCCGCGUGUUUUGGGGGAGAGAGUUUUGCCGCAUCGGAUCAUUUCUACUAUAAACCUCUUUGUGAGAUCCUUGCUGGCUAUAGUGCUGCUGUUCCGUUUCUGUUGCCGCAGGGGAAGGCCCUGGUCGGGAUGCAGCAGGGGGAUGCGCAGCAGCUGGAGGCAAGUGAUGAUGAAGAUGGGCCCCUCUGUGGACAAACGGUGCCGCAGCUGGAGGCUGUGGGGGUGGAGGCUGCAGGCAAAAUACAGAAACAUCAUUUAAAAAAAA